AGAACGUCUGACCCAUUUCCUCUUGCCAUCCAAGAGCAUUAAACUGCCUGCAUGUCUGGCACAACAGUGAGAGUUACAUUGUAUCAGGAGUGUGUUCCAGUCACACAUUGAUAAGGGAAUCCCAAUUGGAGCCUCCUACCAAAGCUCGUUAUUACAUACUCAGCAUCAGCAGGGACAGAGGAGGACUCUACUGGCAAGGACAGAAAGGAGAGACACGCGUAGAUCCCAGAGACAGGUACCCUAAAUCCUGGAAACCAGAAGGCACAUGGUCCAGUUGGAGGGGAGGGUUACAUUUAACAAAGGGAGCAGGCAUUGCAGCAUAGACUGCAGUGCUGCAUCCAGGAGCCAAGGGUAGGUGCAGUCUCUAAGGAGGAGACAAGCAUAUCACACGAGGUAGUAGCCAUAGGGUGCUCUCACACAUUAUCUAAGAGCUCAGUUCUGUCCUUGCCAUCCCACCACCUCUAGGAAAAGAAUUUUGGAUUAAUCUGGACUAGCCUGCCUGAGAAAACUGGACUGAGCAAGCAUCCCCACCUCACCCACUACAGCAAGGAAAAUGGGCACCCAGGGGCCUGGGAGGAAAAGGCACCCUAACAGGGAAGGAUUGUCUGCUGAGGACCAAGCCUUGAAUCAAAUAGCUCGGGAGGCAGAAGCGCGGUUGGCGGCCAAAAGAGCUGCGCGAGCAGAAGCAAGAGAGAUCCGCAUGAAGGAGUUGGAAAGGCAACAAAAAGAGAUCUACCAGGUUCAGAAGAAAUAUUAUGGUCUGGAUGCCAAGUGGGGGGACAUUGAGCAGUGGAUGGAAGACAGUGAACGAUACUCAAACAGAAUACGGAGAAAUCCUCAGGCGUCCGAUGAAGAUGAUAUUAUGUCUGUAGGUAGCAGAAGCAGUCUGCGGACCAAUGGUUAUGAAGAAGAAUUGCUCGGAGUGGCUCAGUAUAGGAAAUCCAGCAGGGGCUCCAAUGGUAGUGGAGAAAUCUACCAGUCCUCCCGGGCAACUCCUCGAGAUGAGGCGAUGAGUGCUUAUUCCUCUGAUCCAAGCCUGGCCAGUGUUCCACAGUCCUCGAAGCCACAGCAGGCUAUGCACAAUGGAAGCCGGCCUUCUCUUCUCAACUGCAACACUCUGCCUUCCAGGUCUCAGAGGGGUUCUUUAUAUGAUGAGGGCAUAACAAGUGGCAGUCGUCGUUACAGUUCAUCCAGCUCUCGACCUCCCUCGGAGUACAGUUAUUACCUGGGCUCUGGAUCUCGUGCCUCUUCUCGUGCCAGUUCUGCCCGUGCCAGCCCUGUGGUGGAAGAAAGACCAGAAAAAGACUUCUCAGAAAAGGGGUCCCGUCCUGUGUCAAGUUUGUCUGCCGCCACCCUUGCCUCUCUCGGUGGCACAUCCUCCCGUAGGGGCAGCGGAGACACUUCCAUAUCUGUGGACACAGAAGCAUCAAUCAGAGAGAUAAAGGAGAUCAGUGAGUUAAAGGAACAGAUUGAUGAUGUAGAAGGACGAUACAUGCAAGGGCUAAAGGAGAUGAAGGAUUCUCUGGCAGAGGUAGAGGAAAAGUAUAAGAGGUCCAUGGUAACAAAUGCCCAGCUGGACAAUGAGAAGACCUCUUUUAUGUACCAAGUGGACACAUUAAGGGAGGUUUUGCUGGAACUUGAAGAGGAGCUUGCGGAGUCCCGACGCCAGUAUGACGAUAAACAUAAAGAGUGUGAACGUCAGAAGCAUGAACAAAAUGUCCUCCACUUCCAGCUGGCUGAGUUGAAGGAUGCUUUGCAACAAAGGGAAGAGAUGCUGACGGAGAUACGACAGUUGCAGCAGAAGCAGGAACAGAGCGCCCGUGAAAUCUGUGACUUGCAGGAGACUAUAGAAUGGAAGGAUAAAAAAAUAGGGGCUCUUGAGAGACAAAAGGAAUUUUUUGACCCAGUACGUAGCGAGCGUGAUGACCUCAGGGAAGAAGUGACCCGACUCAAAGAGGAGUUAAAGAAACAUGGUGUAGCAGUAGAAGCAAGAAGCACCCCUAAUGGAGAUUCCUCAUUAGAACCUCACAUUAAUGAGGAUUGUGUAGACUCCCCUCUAAAGGGAGCAUCUCUGGACAUCAGGUUGAAGAAGCUGCUGGAUGAAAGGGAGUCCUUUCUAGACCAGAUAAGGAAAUUAAAGCAUCAAUUGGAAGAAAGGAGCCCAAGAAACAGGAGCCCAGAAAACCUACAAAGUGAGGAUACAGAGAAUGGUAUCGACGGGCAAAGAGAUGCCAACAGACAAAUUAACGACCUCAAAUUUAAACUUACCAAAUCCACACAAGAGAUAACAUCCCUUGAACAAAAUAUAAUCAGACUUGAAAGCCAGAUGACGCGGUACAAAUCUUCCUCAGAAAAUGCUGAAAAGGUGGAAGAUGAAUUAAAAGCAGAAAAGCGGAGGUUACAGAGAGAGCUCAGAACAGCCUUGGAUAAGAUAGAGGAGCUUGAAGUCGGCAAUAGCCAUUUGGUCAAGCGUCUGGAGAAGAUGAAAGCCAACCGUAGCGCCAUCCUAUCUCAGCAAUGAAACAGAGUAUAUGGAUAAUGUGAAUACUGGCUGUACCAGCUACCCAAACCUGUGUGUUUGUCUGUAUGACACAAACCAGCACUUUGAGGCAGUGGAAUACAGUGGGGGUUGUCCUUUUUUUUUUUGCAAUUAUUUCUCCACUUAAUCUUUCACUGCCUGUAACUCCCAUGGUAAACCCUACUCUGUCAAAAAGAGGAUAAAGAACAGACGUUCUAUCUCUGUAUCCAGUUUGCACCACUGAAGAUGCAGGUAUUUUGAACAAAAUGUUGGUUAGUUUGACCACAUCGAGGAAGCCAUAUCUUACAAUACUGACUUCAGCCAUGUGCAUCCCAGGAUUGUAGAGGGAUCCUGACUUGCAUAGAUAACGUGACAUGGGCAAUGCUAUUCUGGCUCCCCUGUUUGUAUUUUGGACACAAUUCACCUCAGAUAUUUGCUGACACUUGUAGUUGUUUCCAAAGCAAAAAGCUAAUGCUGGAAAGGCACUGUUAAUCCAAACCUAAAAAUUCCAUUAAAGUUAAUGUGUAAUGGUUUGAUGCAGAUACCCUGGUACAUACUACACGGAGUCUACAGUAAUCAAAGCACAAUGGGGUGCAGGGGCAGUUACAAUGUGUAUAGGCACAGAGCACGUCAUAAAAUGUACUGUCACCCUGCAUGAUGAUUUGCUGCAACAACCCUAUCAUUGUGUCUGAAAGCAACGGCCGUUCACUCAGACCGGAUUACAGCAUCAGCCUACAGCAGGAGUAGAACAUGUGCCUGAGUAAAGACAAUACUAUUACAAGUAAAUGGGAGGUGCCUAUACAAUGUACUGAGCCCAGCGUUACCUGAGUACAGGUAUUUCUGUUGCUGGGAUUCUUUUUUUUGCAUCCCAAAUAUCAUUACUGUACAUGUGAUCUGAAUUCAAACGCUUUAACAUGUGGGAAAUCCUCCAUGUUGUGGGUUUUUCUCUAGACAUCUAGAAUGUUUUUGCUUAUUUAUUUUCAUGGGGUGGACAUAACAGGCAUUUUGGACAAUAUUUAAAGAAGUCUGUUUUUGGGAGGGGUGGGUGGACGACAUUUACCAAGUAAGACGCUUUUGUCUAUCCAUAGUUUCCAGAGACAUUUCUAUAUUUUAGAAGGGGUAUAAACCUGUAUGAGUGAUGAACAAUGUGAGGAGAGUGUAAGUGUGUUUAUGUUUUGGGUAGAGGGGAGUGGAGCCUAACUGGGGCAAGGAGAUCACAAUCCAAUACAAACCUGCGUGACAAGAUGGGCUGUGUGUCCAUUUGCAUUCAUCUAUGGGGGAAAGUGUCCUUAUGUAACUUGUGCCAGACUGAUGAGAUUGUUGUUACACCUGUAUCAUUACUUCAAUUGCGGUAGUAUUCUCUUUCAGGGUUAAUUUAAGAUAAUUGCUUCACUGAAUAAAAUAAUCCCUCAAACAUU